UUCGCGCGCGCUCGACGCUUUCCGGCGCUCCCCGAUAGCGAGUCGUGCCGCAGUUUCGUCCUUGCUCGCGUUGUUGUUGUCUGCGGUGACGCGGCGGAGGUGUACCCUGACGCGGGCUCUUACGUGUCGGACUGAAUAAAAAGUGGAGCUCCGGAGGCCCGGGAGUGACGCGAGAACAGAGAGAGCGAGUAAGCGAGUCCGUGACCGGGCAGGCCGUGCUAACCGAGUCCACCUCGUUUUCUCACUGCGACUUUUCUAAAUGACCAUGGACGCAGGAGCAGAUGUGCAGCAGGGCAGCGAGACAGCUGUCUCUGAGACAGACACGCAGCAGAUUGCCACCCUGGCGCAGCAGGUUUCCAUGGCAGCCGGCCAGGCCUCAGCCACCGGGCCCACCGUCACACUGGUGCAGCUGCCUAACGGUCAGACGGUGCAGGUUCAUGGUGUGAUCCAGGCAGCGCAGCCGUCUGUCAUCCAGUCUCCCCAGGUCCAAGCCGUACAGAUCUCCACCAUUGCUGAGAGUGAGGACUCGCAGGAGUCAGUGGACAGUGUGACAGACACUCAGAAAAGGAGAGAGAUCCUCUCCAGGCGGCCCUCAUACAGAAAAAUCUUGAACGAUCUCUCAUCAGACACUCCAGCCGUGCCUCGGAUAGAGGAGGAGAAAAACGAGGAGGAAUCGGCCCCAGCCAUAACUACAGUCACAGUGCCCACCCCCAUUUACCAAACCAGCAGUGGACAAUACAUUGCCAUCACGCAAGGCGGAGCCAUCCAGCUGGCCAAUAACGGCACAGACGGCGUUCAGGGCCUGCAGACUCUGACGAUGACUAACACAGCAGGGGCCCAGUCAGGCGCCACCAUCCUGCAGUACGCUCAGACCAGCGACGGCCAGCAGAUCCUGGUGCCCAGUAACCAGGUGGUGGUGCAGGCUGCAUCUGGCGAUGUGCAGGCGUAUCAGAUCCGCACGGCAUCGUCAGGCACCAUCGCUCCCGGAGUGGUGAUGGCGCCGGGUCAGGGAGGUGCCGAGGAGGCCACGCGCAAGAGAGAGGUCCGCCUCAUGAAGAACAGGGAGGCAGCGCGAGAGUGUCGUCGCAAGAAGAAGGAAUAUGUGAAGUGUCUGGAGAAUCGUGUGGCUGUGCUGGAAAACCAGAACAAAACCCUCAUCGAGGAGCUGAAAGCACUUAAGGACUUGUACUGUCACAAAUCGGAAUAACACUCGCACACGCAUGCACACACACACACACACACACACACAUAUUGCGCUUUUCCCCAGGUCCUACUGAGGCAGUGACUCUUCCCCGUUACAUAGGCACCUGGGCAGCAGUCUUUUCUUUUUCUAUCUGUCUCUUUUUUUUUGUUUUGUUUUGUUUUUGUGUGUUUUUUUUUUUUUUUUUUUUUUAAAGAUAUUGGCCUAUAAGAAAUGAGAAAACCCGAACUCCUAAAAUCUAAUGCCUUUAUUGUCUUCUGUAUAAAAAAAAAAUCCAACCUUUUAAAAGAGUGUCUCGUGAGACGUAAAACUCCAAAGCGGCCCGACAGAUGUGUUACGAGGUAUCGCAGAUGCAAAAACAGGGCUGAUUUCAUCUCAAGUCCUUCACCGUGAUUGCGAUUUCAUUCGGAGAAAUCCCACGAUGCACCGGUGUUGGAUGGCCACGCCUCCUUUCAAUCACGCUGACUUUUUGGGAGACGGCGUUCGUCCGAUAUCACCAAGUGGGACUUCAGUGAAUUAACAAAUGAACUCGGAUUUGUUUGAAUUUCUAUGUGCUUCUGUUACUAACACAUGAACCCUAUUUUGAUAUGAAAAAUCUAUCGAAUAUGUAUGUAUAUGCUUCUAUUAUGGGUUGUUUUGCCAUUUAACCUGCGCCUUUGCCUCUUUCUUUCAGCUCCAGCUUCGUUGCAUUGUUUGUGUUAAAGGAAAUAGGACUUUCGAUCUAAAUCAGGAUAAAAGUGAUUAUUUCUGCAAUGUUCAAAAUACAGUUAAACGCUUUUCAGCAUAAGAGCUACACUUGUAAAAAACAUUUUUAUAGAACAUUAACACAUUUACGUAUUCAUAUCUGUUUUCAUUAUUGAGUUGAUUCUAUUAUUGAUUUAUUCUUUAUCCAUUUCAUAUAACGGGACCCAAUCCUGAAACACUUUGUGCUGGAAUUUUUUUUUUUUUGGCUCAUUUUACAACAGAAAAUUUUAUAUUAUAUAUAUAUAUAUAUAUAUAUAUAUAUAUAUAUAUAUAUAUAUAAAAUGACUGCUUGUACCUCUAUCUCGCGCUCGCUGCUGAGUUGAAAACCCAUGUUAUGCUUUUGUUUUCAAAUGUAGCCAUCUGCCAUCUGAAACAAUAUUAUAUGCAUCCUGUUUUUAAAUCUGCCUUUUUGCCAUUUUAUUUUCUGUAUACGUUGUAAUUUUAAUCAUGUGUUGCUUACACACAUGGAAUACAGUGCGGAAAUGCC